AUGCCAACUGCAGCACCCUCCACAGACUCCAUCUCAGGAAAUACAGGGCACACAUCUCCAGCUGGUUCUCAAAGUUCCACAUCUGCCAUUACAGGAAUCCCAAUGACAAAUUCACCAAGUGUUCUGUCAACAGCGACAUCUCCCUUCACCUCUAAUGAAGAAUUGUCAACAUCUUCCCAGAAUGGCCACACUGGAAGCAUGGAGACCAGCAGUCACCCUCAAAGCACCCCUAUCACAGAGAGUUACCAGACCACAAGCAUGGCGACCCCCAGUGUAUAUGAAAGCAGCACCUUCACAGAGGUGACCACAGAAACCCAUUCGUCUUCUUCACCUGGACCCACUGUGACAGACACCUUUUCUCAUGGGACAUCCUCCUCAGUAUUUCCAGGAAUAACUACCAGCUCCCCGAAGACAGACAGUGGUAGAGGCACAUCAUUCCCUGCUACCUCCUUGACCCUCACCACUCACAGCCCGACCACAGCCUCCAGGCCAACAGUGCCUCCAAUCCCUAUUUUACCUGAGCAGGGCAUUUCCCUCUUCCCCUACGGGACAAUCCCUCACGUUGGAGACCUGCAGUUUUUUGCCAGGACUGUGGAUUUUACCUCACCUCUCUUCAAGCUCCGGAUUGGCUUUCCACUGGGCUCUUCUCUGCGGGACUCCUUCUACUUCACAGAUAACGGCCAGAUCAUUUUCCCAGAGUCAGACUACAGCAUCUUCUCCUACCCCAACCCACCUCAAAGAGGCUUCACAGGAAGGGAGCAUGUGGCCAUGGUGGCCCCAUUCUGGGCUGACGCUGAUUUCUCUAGCUCCAGGGGAACCAUAUUUUACCAGGAAUACAACACACUUUAUGAUGGAAACAGUGAGCUCAUCAGGGGGGUGGAGGCUUUGAUUCACGAAUUCACAACAGACUGGAGCUACAAAGCCAAGUGGACAUUGAAAGUCACCUGGGUCAACGUUCCCGCCUAUCCUGCCCAGUGGAGCUUUGGGACCAAUACCUACCAGGCCAUCCUCUCCACAGAUGGGAGCAGUUCCUAUGCCCUGUUUCUCUACCAGAGUGGAGGCAUGCGGUGGGAUGUGGCCCAGGGUCUGCGUAAACAAGUCCUCAUGGGCUUCUCCAGUGGAGAUGGGUAUUUUGAAAACAGCCCGCUGAUACUCCGGCCAGCAAUGGAGAAGUACCGUCCAGAUCGAUUCCUGAAUUCCAAAUUAGACAUCCGGGGGUUGCAGGUCUACCGUCUACACAAGGAAGUGAGGCCCAACUAUCGGCUCAAGUGUCUACAGUGGCUGAACAGCCAGCCUCAGAGUCCCAGCUGGAGCUGGGGCUGGAGCCAGGUUUCCUGCCCUUGCUCCUGGCAGCAGGGACGACGAGACUUGCGGUUCUGGCGCGUGAACACAGGUUGGUGGUAUGGCAGCAGCAGACAGCUGUGCAGCUUUUCAUCCUGGCGAGGGGGUGUGUGCUGCAGCUAUGGUCACUGGGGAGAAUUCCGAGAAGGCUGGAGAAUGCAUAGCCCUUGGCAGUUUGAACAGGAGCAGGAGGCCCAGAACUGGUGCUGUCAUUGGAAUGACAAGCCCUCCUUCUGUGCCCAGUACCAUCGCGUGCGGCCCCGCAUUACCUGUGCUUGGUACAGACCCCCACGGCCCGCUUGGACGUACGGCGAUCCCCACAUCACCACUUUGGAUAAUGCCAAUUACACCUUCAAUGGGCUGGGGGACUUUCUGCUGGUCCAGGCCCAGGACACAAAUUCCUCCUUCCUGCUGGAGGGCCGCACUGCCCAGACUGGUUCUGCCAAGGCCACUAAUUUCAUUGCCUUUGCUGCUCAAUACAACACCAGCAGCCUGGCUUCUCCCGUCACAGUUCAGUGGUUCCUGGAACCCAAUGACACAAUCCGAGUCCUACACAAUAACCAGACUGUGGCCUUUAACACCAGCCACAUGGAUGAAGGUAGGCUCAGCAGCUACUUGCCAAUGUUCAAUACCACUGGUGUCCUGAUGACCCGGAAUGGCUCCCAAGUCUCAGCCAGCUUUGAUGGGACAGUGACCGUCUCCGUGACUGCCCUUUCCAACAUCCUCCACGCCUCCUCCAGUCUCCCAGAGGAGUACCGCCACCAUACGAAGGGACUCCUGGGAGUCUGGAAUGACAAUCCAGAAGACGACUUCAGGAUGCCCAAUGGCUCCACCAUCCCCCCAAACAGCUCUGAGGAGACAAUUUUUCACUAUGGAAUGACAUGGCAAAUCAACGGAACAGGCCUCCUGGGGAUGAGGACAGACCCUCUGCCUUCCAACUUCACCCCCAUCUUCUUGUCCCAACUGCGGAACACCUCAGAUGAAAACUUGACCUCUGGGUGCAGGGGAGAUCCACAAUGCGAGUUUGACACUCUGGCCACAGGAAACGCAAGCAUUGGACAAAACACCAACACGAUUUUUGAAACAUUCCAGCGUGUAAAUGGCACCCUCAAUCAGUAUCCGCCCUUUAUCAACUGCAGCAGGGACAUUCGAGCCUACAAGGGGCGGACAGAGACCAUUGACAUCAGCAGGGUCUCUAAGGACGUCACAUUCACCCUCACCAGCCAGUGUGGCGGCUUUAAACUCUUAGAAAACGGGAGUUUGCAGUGGACGCCACCAGCAUCUCCAGAAGCAUGUACCCUGGAGAUUCUAGCCAGAGAUGCCAGGACUAACUUGUCAUCCAUACUCCAGCCCCAGACUACAAUAUGCUUCUGUGAUAUGGAGAGCCAGUGUUUGUACAAUGAGACCAGCAGGGAAGGCAACUCUUCCCUUGAGGUGGCCAGCUGCAAGUGUGAUGGAGACACCUUUGGCCGCUUCUGUGACCGCUCUAAGGAUCUCUGUGAAGAGCCAUGUUUCCCAAAUGUGUCCUGCACUCCGGGGAAGGGCUGUGAGGCCUGCCCUCCAAACAUGACCGGAGAUGGGCGGCAUUGUGCAGCUCUAAUGGACUCUUUAGUUUGCAAGAACCACUCCUGUCCUGUCAAUCACUGCUAUAACCAUGGCCACUGCUACAUCUCUGGGGCUCCAGACUGCCGGCCCGCUUGCACCUGCCCCGCAGCCUUCACUGAUGCCCGCUGCCUCCUGGCUGGGAACAAUUUCACCCCCACCAUCUAUAAAGAGCUUCCCUUGAGGACCAUCGUGCUGUCACUCAGGGAAGAUGAAAACGCCUCCCUAGCUGACGUCAACGCCUCGGUGGCCUACAGACUAGGGGCUCUGGACAUGCGGGCUUUCCUCUGGAACGAUCCAGUGGAGCUGACAUGGAUGUAAGUCAGGCUCUCUCCCUCAGCACGGCCCUCGGACAAGGCAAUUCAACACUGGAGGGUCGUCUCCCACUUCCAGUACCGUCCCAGGGGCCCGGUCAUCCAUUUUCUGAACAACCAGCUAAUAGACGCUGUGGUGGAGGCCUUCCUCCUCCAGGCUCCAAGGGGGAAGCAGAAGAGGAGCAGUGGAGAAGCCAGGAAGAAUGUCACUUUCUUCCCCAUCUCCAGGGCAGAUGUCCGCGAUGUGACGGCUUUGAACCUGAGUAUGCUGGACAGUUACUUCCUCUGUGAAGGCUACAAGGGCUACAAGCUGGUCUACAGUCCCCAGAAUGGUGUCACCUGCGUGUCCCCGUGUAGUGAGAGCUUCUGUCACAAUGGAGGCCAAUGCCAGCACCUACCAGAUGGGCCCCAGUGCAGCUGCGCAUCCUUCACCAUCUACACAUCCUGGGGCGAACGCUGUGAGCAUCUAAGUGUGAAACUUGGCGCAUUCUUCGGGAUCCUCUUCGGGGCCUUGGGCGCCCUCUUACUCUUGGGGAUCCUGGCAUUUGUCAUCUUUCACUUCUGUGGCUGCUCCAUGAACAAGUUCUCCUACCCUUUGGACUCAGAAUUGUAAGGCCUUGCUCCAGAUGGGCAGCCACACCUAGGAUACCUCAGGACCCACCCAUCACUCCGCCUCUGAUCUAAGGAGACUGGAAAGGGGCUGCUGAGCGAAGGGGAUU